GAUUUCCUCCGUGCUUGCAGCGGCUGCUCCGUCGCAAAGACGUGAUCGAUUCUGAACAAUAGGAUGGAUCUGCUGUGAGCAAAGAAGCUGCUCAUGACUUCAGAGAGGUUUCACUGUCUGAGACUGAUGGCGACAGGAGAUACGAAUGUGAGAAGAUCUCGAGAGUCCAGUUUGCAGUCUGAUGAGUCCAUGAGGACGUUGGAGGAGUUGAGGCUGCUGUCAGAGGAGCCCAGGAUGAAGUCAACGGGCCCCAUGGUCUCCUGGGAGUCUGAGCUGACCUCCAUCCAGCACUCUUUAAAGUUUGUGUUGAAGCUGAAGGAGGAGUUUAUUUGUCCCAUCUGCAGAGGAGUCGUGCUCAACCCUCAACAGAACUCCUGUGGACACAUCUACUGUUUCCACUGUCUCCAGGAGUUGCUGGAGAGUUCAUCACCAUCCAGCCCAGUUUGCCCAGUGGACAGAGCAGUGAUCACACCAGCUGAGGUGUUCCAGGACAACUGCUGCAAGCGAGAAAUCUCCAGUUUAGAAGUGUACUGCACUAACUCCCCAGCAUGCACCUCUGUCCUCACAUUAAACCACCUGCAGGAGCACCUGAGGUCGUGUCCGUAUGAGCAGCUGCAGUGCACCAACCCGGGCUGCAGGACGGUGCUACAGAGGAGGUGCCUGCAGGAACACCUGGCCAACACCUGUCCUCACCGCAGCGAGCCCUGCCCACACUGCAGACAGCUGCUCCAGUUCAGCCUCAUCCAGGCUCACAUGCAGAGCUUAUGUCCGGAGGUGGAGGUGGACUGUCCUAACGGCUGCUCCCAAAGGAUCCCUAGACACAAGCUAACGGAGCACAGAGACUCAUGUACUGAGGUUCACACUGACUGCUCCUACAAAAAGUUUGGUUGCUCUGUGCAGGGUACCAGAGGGAACGUGAGGUUGCAUGAAGAUGCUGCUGUUAAUCAUCACAUGCUGAUGGUCCUGAGGAGCAACGCACAUCUAGAACAGCAGGUGGAGGUUUUCCAGGAGGAGGCGCUGCUGAGACAGCGAGAAGUUCAUUCAAACAGUUUGCUGAUCGCUGGUCUGCAGAAUGGAAUCAGGCCACUGCUGCAGCAGAGCAACAGCCAUGAACACAGCAUCUCUACAGCUCAGAGGACUCUGAGCAGGCAGGAGGACGUCCUAUCCUCCAUCCAGCUGGAGAUCCAGCAGGUUUCUCGAGGACUGGGUCCCAGUCUGAAGGAGCUGGAGCAGCUCAGGAAGUCUCUGGACGCUGUGAUGGAGGAAGUGUCGGCAGCCGAGGCCCUCAGAGAGCACCUGGGAUCUUUGGAGGAGAAGCUGAAGCGUCACUCUGGUCUCUUCGAUCUUCACGCUACUCAGUUUAGUCUCAAUAAGGAGCACCUGCAGGAGCUGGAGGUGAUGUCCUACGACGGCAAACUGAUCUGGAAGAUUGAGGACUUCAGGAAAAGGAGGGAGGAUGAGGUCAGAGGUCAGGCACCAUGCCUGAGCAGCGUGCCGUUCCACACUGGACGCUGCGGCUACAAAAUGGCCAUGAAAACGUAUCUAAACGGGGACGGGGAGGGAAGGGGGACUCACCUGUCCCUUUAUGUGGUCCUGAUGCCCGGAGACUUCGAUGCCCUGCUGCCGUGGCCCUUCAGACAGACCGUGUCUCUGUCUAUUCUGGACCAAAGCGGCGCCGGAAAUCACCGCAGUCUCAGCUUUAGACCCGACCCGACAACCAAAGGCUUCCAACAACCAGCUGCAGAGUCUGUGAGCAACGUUGCUGUUGGAUUUCCAUGUUUUAUUCCCCUCAACAUGCUCGAAGCUUCCCAAAACCCUGUGUACGUGAAAGACGACACGCUGUUUGUCAAAGUGAAGGUGGAUAUGGCGGGUUUAGACCAGCUGUAAGAUGUGUUGUCACAUCACAGUUGAUUUAUUUCUUUGACUUCUGGUGUACUGCUCUGUUUUCACUGUCUCCUUUUUCUACCAAAUGUAUCAUCAGACUCAUUGUUAGACGUUUGAUGACGCAAAAAAUUAAAUACUCUUGUUGAAAGUAAGAUGAGAAGAUUGAUACCACUCUCCAAAAAGACAGCCUUUUAUCAAUAGACUGUAUUUUUGGCUGGGAUUUACAAACAACAUGUAUCACGUUAAUAAGUGAGCUUUAGUGCUGGUUAUUUGGACUGAACCAGGCUAGCUGUUCUCCUGUUUCCGGUUCUAGCGUUAAGUUAAGCUAGCUAGUUGGCUACAGCUUCAUGUUUACCAUACAGGCAUGACAGAGGUAUCAAUCUGAACAUCUGACUAAGUGUCGGCUCAUCUCAGGGAUCAUUUGAGGGAGGUCUGACUGAAACUGAAGCCCAAAACCGCCAAAGAUUGUAGUUUAAGUUAUGUUUUGUAAUCACAAUUGCUAUCUCAACAUCGUGCCUUGAUUCUAUGAGCAUCAACAAGAAGUUACAUGUACUCAGUGGCAUGUAUGUAACCAGCUUGUAGUCUUUUAAGCAGAGUUUUUGCUCUUACUUGAGUAGGUUUCCUGUUGGAUAGAUAAUUUACUGUUUUUAAUAGGACAAAUUCAUUUUGCUACUUUUAUUUAUUUAUUUUUUGUUUGAUCAAUCUGUGUGUACUGUAUUAGAAGACUAGUCUGCUGGUCCCAGGUCUGCUGGAGCUCUGCUAUCCUACCACAGUCACACACACCCUUUUUACUCUGUUCAUAUCAGAAUACUGACUGAAGUUAUCGUACACCCCACCGCAUAGUACAGCAUUCUGUGCUAUUGAGUUUAGUGUUAUGCACUCACAGUUUAAAGCAGCACUGCUCCUCUGUUAUAAUAUACAGACUUAGCUGACAGCAUGCGUUUUUGAGUAAAACUCUUGAGUAUAGGGACACUGUCACAGUGUUGACACCCUUCAGAUUUCUUUUGUCCUAAAAAAGCUUGGCCUGCACAUAGUAUACGAAACAAGCGAGCACACCCCUGUGAAGUAUCCCUUAGAUAUCAAUAAUUCAUACCUACUGAUAAUUGCAUUAUUUACAAAUUGCAAAUUAUACUGCAAGUAAACCCCAAAGUAGAAAACCAACGCAAUAAAGCGAAUAAACCUAUGAUCACUGACACACAAGAUAGAAACAACUGUGAGUUCCAGUGAGCAUGAACAUGCUUAUGAGACUUUUUAAAAUUUGUGCCUUUGACAUCAUUGCUUCAUAUGGAAAACGAUUUCCAAAGAAACUGAAAAAUCUUAAUGUAAGAUUUCACAAAGAUGGAAGAGGAUAUAGAAAAAACAAUGACCCAAUGAAAACUGGUCAAACACACUGUCGUCAGUUAUUAGGAAGUAUAGAACAUGUCAUUGCAGCUGCAGUGGCGGCGUUUCUCCUCAAACAACACCACAGAAUGUGCUAGUUUCGCAAUCUCGACCUGAAAAACAGCAUCAGUCCUUCAGACUGGGUGCAGGGGUUAUUACUGGUAAUCAUGAUUUCUGUAACAGCUCAGAUAGUGUGAAGGAGAGUAGAUGCAACCUUUAUGGCUCGUCCUCUUCAGCACAAAACUGCAAGAUGAGUCUUUGCGGAAGAAAUUGUGAAGAGUGAUUAUAGAGAAAACAGCCAACAUGAAUGUGUUCAGCUCAGAUGACAUUCAGCUCCUCUGGUGUCAACCUACUCAGUACGACCACAGUGAAUGUGUAUUCCUGACGGUGGAGAGGAAAGUGUGUCAGUAAAGGUCUGAAUUAGUGCUAAAGGUGCUCAGAGAUGACAUUUAUAGAUGACACCAUGGAUGCCUCUUCAUACCAAAAUACUGGCUGAAAAGAUGAUUCCUAGUCUGCAGAAUGUCACGAUUUAAAUGGUUGUAUUUAUAAAGCGCUUUACAUGAUACAUCACAUUCACACACUGAUGGCGGAAGCUGCCAUGCAAGGUGCUAACCAUGACCCACCAGGAGCAACUAGGGGUUCGGUGUCUUGCUCAGGGAAACCUUGACAUGAGCUCGACAGGCCAAGGAUUGAACUGGCAACCUUCCAGUGACAAGACGGCCACUCUACCCACUGAUCCAUGCCGCCCCAUGGGAUUUGGUUUUUGUUUUGUCAGAUUCCCUCCUGUUUGAUGGAAGGAAUCCCUCUCAGUCUUCAAGAAUAGACUAAAAACAAAGCUCUCCACUGAGCACCUGUGCACUUGACAGACUGCAAAAAGAAAAAAAGGAAAAAAAAUGUAUUACCUCCUGCACUGCCUGUAGGCACCAAUGUCCUAUUAUCACACUUGAACUUGUUUUAUGUCUCUUAUUCAGGUUUUUCUCUCCCGAUUAGAUCCUUGCCUGUGUUGUAUCUACUCUCAGAUGUACGUCGCUUUGGAUUAAAGCAUCUGCUAAAUGAAAUUGCAGAAUUGUGUGUUUUCCUUCUCCAUGUCUCUUGUGAUUUUCUGUUUGUCUUUUUACCUUUCACAUCCUUUUUCUGUUACUUCCUGUUUUAUUUUGAAAUAGCUUUCACUUGUGUCUUUAAUGUCUUAAUUCCCUUGUUUGUCUGUAUUUCUCUCACUUUUUGACUGUCUGGUUAGGUUUCACCUAUGUCCUCCAGACUGUGUUGUCUCCUGUCUCAAGUUUUUGACACUUCUGGGCGGGCUUCAAAUUUGGAGCCAGAUGCUACGUCCAUCUUUAUAUACAGUCUAUGGGUGUGACUCUGUGUGGGUGUUUCUUUAGUAGUCACUGGGUCGUCCGCUGUGGGAGGUUGUUGAAUGAAGGCAGGUGUACAGUUUGGGGAAAAAAGCCAAACAGUUUUCGACCCUGCUUGGACGCCAUGUCAGGCAGGUUGAUAUUUUCAGUUUCUAUUUUUGGUUUAUUGGACACUUAAUGUAUGAACUGAAUGAUAAUUUACCUGCAACUGCCACAAAUAAAUGGAGCAUCGUAUCCAACUGAG